GAGUCCUGUACCCAGAGUGUGUCUGACCCUGUGCCGUCUCUGUCCCUCUGUGUUGCAUCGUAACCACCAGCAUGGCCCCCAAGAAGAAGGAAGAGCCCAAACCAGUAGCUGCACCCAAACCCCCAGAGCCCGAGCCCCCCAAGGAGCCGGAGUUUAACCCAGCCGAAGUUCAGAUUGAAUUCACUGCUGAGCAGAUUGAGGAUUUUAAGGAUGCGUUCCAGCUGUUUGACAGGACGCCAACCAACGAGAUGAAAAUCACCUUCGCUCAGUGUGGUGACCUGAUCAGGGCCUUGGGUCAGAACCCCACCAACGCUGAAGUUCUGCACGUCUUAGGCAAACCCAAAGCUGAAGAUAUGCAAGUGAAGAUGCUGGACUUUGACCAGUUCCUGCCCAUGCAUCAACACAUCUGCAAGGCCAAAGACCGUGGCACCUUUGAGGACUUCGUUGAGGGCCUGAGAGUGUUUGACAAAGAGGGGAAUGGAACAGUGAUGGGUGCUGAGCUCAGACACGUCCUCGCUACUCUGGGUGAAAAGAUGAAGGAAGAUGAGGUCGAGCAGCUGAUGGCUGGGCAGGAGGAUGCAAACGGCUGUAUAAACUAUGAAGCUUUUGUAAAGCAUAUCAUGGCCGGCUGAACAGAUGAUCAGCAAAACAUCAAUUAAGGAUACAAAAUAAUGCCAAUGUUAUUUCAUCGUUGUUCUUUUGUAAAUGAAAACCCGUGCAGGUGUUUUCUGCUGUGGGUCCACUGUCCUCACUGUCUCCAGCUGUCUCUCAAAUGUUCCUUUUUGUAUGGCUUCAGUCUGUUGAGCCAAAAUGACUCAAUCAUGCAUCACACCUGUUCUUUUUGUGAAUACAAUCAAGUUUAUUAAAUGUCACGCUUGGUUUAAACAGCC